AGGCCGGCCACAGGAAUGGCCAGGGAGGCGACAUCACAUCUUUACCGCCCUGGUGGCGGAGGCCAGGCCUGCUUUCUUCCUGCGAGGCUGGCACGGGACUGGGGACACCACACGAGUGGUCCAGUGGUAGCACCCGGUUCAGAACCGCAGGCAGGUGACCCUGGAAGAGCAGGGAAGCCAAGUAGGCCUUCACAGAGCUUCUUUUCCAGGACUGGGAUUCGAACUAAUAACAUCAGCACUGGGAUGGCCAUAGCUGGAAUAAUGUUACUAAUAAGAAGUGUUCGACUGACAUCAAAAUUUACAACAUCUUCAGAUAUUCCAGUAGAGUUUAUAAGAAAGAAAAUUAAACUACGUGGCCGAUUACACAGGAUAACUGAGAGUGGUCUAGAAAUUGAACACAUUCCUAUUACUUUACCUUUUAUAUCUUCAUGGAAAAAAGAGCCAUGUGGCGUUUUGCUGGUUAAGCUGGCUGGAGUAGAACUCACUGAAACCGGUAAGGCCUGGUUACAAAAAGAGCUGAAACCUUCCCAGCUGCUCUGGUUCCAGCUUCUUGGAAAGGAGAAUUCAGCACUCUUUUGCUACCUUUUAAUGAACAAGGGUGGAUAUUUUAAUAUUAAUCUGAAUGAGGAAAUUUUGAGAAGAGGCUUAGGUAAAACCGUUCUUGUUAAAGGGCUACAUUAUGACUCAAAAACCCACUGGAAAAUCCACAGACGCUUACUUAAAGCUGAACUGACAGCCGUAAAGAAAGGAGAAGGAAUAUGGAAGGAAGAAUCUGAAAAAGAAAGUUAUUUUGGAAAAGUCAAAGAUUCCUGGAGAGAAAGAUGGAAAAAGAACAAUUUUUAAAAAACAAACAGACCAGAUUUCAACUUGAUCAAAGAAAGUUAUUAUGACAGGUUUCAGAGGGCUUAUGGGAGCUGGAAGGACCACGUGGACAACUUCUCUUUAGUUUUGAAACUCAGAGAAUUUGUGAGCCGCUUACACUUUUGAAGAAAAUGAUGAAGCUUUCUUGAGGUCUAGAGGUCGUCUCUGAAGAGUGAAAUGUAUAACUAUGUGACCACUUUUUGUUGAGUCAAAAUGGAAAUUUUCAGGUGACCAAAAUUUUUGUCUACUAGUCCUUAAAAAUAAAAAAAACAUUGUUAACAUGGGAAUCAGUUUAAAUGAAUUAUGAUCAAUGUAAUCUACUUUCAGGAAAAAUGACACACUAUACAGAGGU